AUGUCGCGGAGAGCGCUGAAAGUGAUGGCUGAAGUAGGCCUGAGAGCGGUUUCUUGUCCUGGAGUUCGUCUACCAGCCAAAGAUGAUUUAUACCUCAGCGUUUCCUUCAUGGGCCAGUGUGGCCAGUCUGAAAGUCUCCCUGCUGUCUUCCCUCUGCUCAUCCACGAGAAGAUGACUUUUGAAAAGGCACAUGUUUACCUCUUUUCCACGUAG